UUUUUUAUUUUUGGAAGAGAUGGAGCCUCGCUAUGUUGCCCAGGCUGGUCUCAAACUCUUGGCCUUAAGUGAUCCUCUUGCCUCAGCCUCCCCAGUAGCUGGGAUUACAGGAAUGAGCCACUGCACCUGGCUGAAAUUUUUAAGAAGGUGGAUCUCCUCUGCAGACUUAUUGCUCUACCCAGCCUUUACAGUCAUGCAAAGAUCAACUCAAGGCCAGGACAGAUGAGUUCCAAUCUAUGGAGCACUGGCCCUACCAGUGCAGGCAGCAGGGUUGCCCUUCACUUCUCAGCUGCAUUGCUUCCUCUUCAGACCUCUCUUCUCAAAGGACCUGCCCCCAGCCAGUCAUCCUCUGCCCAGCUUUUCUGGUCCCAAGCUUGUAGCCAGCUCCUCCAGAGAGAUUUCACCCAGUCACGGAAACUCUGCGGUCUAAGGUUUAGGGAGGUCUGGUAGAGGUAACUCCCUGGAAGAGGCUGCUGCUGAGAACUGCCUGAAACUCCCACUUCCUCUGUGACUGCAGGUUUCCAACCACAAGCACCAAAGCAGAGGGGCAGGCAGCACACCACCCAGCAGCCAGAGCACCAGCCCAGCCAUGGUCCUUGAGGUGAGUGACCACCAAGUGCUAAAUGACGCCGAGGUUGCCGCCCUCCUGGAGAACUUCAGCUCUUCCUAUGACUACGGAGGAAACGAGAGCGACUUGUGCUGUACCUCUCCGCCCUGCCCACAGGACUUCAGCCUGAACUUCGACCGGGCCUUCCUGCCGGCCCUCUACAGCCUCCUCUUUCUGCUGGGGCUGCUGGGCAAUGGCGCAGUGGCAGCCGUGCUGCUGAGCCGGCGGGCAGCCCUGAGCAGCACCGACACCUUCCUGCUCCACCUAGCUGUAGCAGACACGCUGCUGGUGCUGACACUCCCGCUCUGGGCAGUGGACGCUGCUGUCCAGUGGGUCUUUGGCUCUGGCCUCUGCAAAGUGGCAGGUGCCCUCUUCAACAUCAACUUCUACGCAGGGGCCCUCCUGCUGGCCUGCAUCAGCUUUGACCGCUACCUGAACAUAGUGCAUGCCACCCAGCUCUACCGCCGGGGGCCCCCGGCCCGCGUGACCCUCACCUGCCUGGCUGUCUGGGGGCUCUGCCUGCUUUUCGCCCUCCCAGACUUCAUCUUCCUGUCGGCCCACCACGACGAGCGCCUCAAAGCCACCCACUGCCAAUACAACUUCCCACAGGUGGGCCGCACGGCUCUGCGGGUGCUGCAGCUGGUGGCUGGCUUUCUGCUGCCCCUGCUGGUCAUGGCCUACUGCUAUGCCCACAUCCUGGCCGUGCUGCUGGUCUCCAGGGGCCAGCGGCGCCUGCGGGCCAUGCGGCUGGUGGUGGUGGUCGUGGUGGCCUUUGCCCUCUGCUGGACCCCCUAUCACCUGGUGGUGCUGGUGGACAUCCUCAUGGACCUGGGCGCUUUGGCCCGCAACUGUGGCCGAGAAAGCAGGGUAGACGUGGCCAAGUCGGUCACCUCAGGCCUGGGCUACAUGCACUGCUGCCUCAACCCGCUGCUCUAUGCCUUUGUAGGGGUCAAGUUCCGGGAGCGGAUGUGGAUGCUGCUCUUGCGCCUGGGCUGCCCCAACCAGAGAGGGCUCCAGAGGCAGCCAUCGUCUUCCCGCCGGGAUUCAUCCUGGUCUGAGACCUCAGAGGCCUCCUACUCGGGCUUGUGAGGCCGGAAUCCAGGCUCCUCUUUCGCCCACAGUCUGACUUCCCCGCAUUCCAGGCUCCUCCCUCCCUCUGCCGGCUCUGGCUCUGGCUCUCCCCAUAUCCUCGCUCCCGGGACUCACUGGCAGCCCCAGCACCACCAGGUCUCCGGGGAAGCCAUCCUCCCAGCUCUGAGGACUGCACCAUUGCUGCUCCUUAGCUGCCAAGCCCCAUCCUGCCGCCCGAGGUGGCUGCCUGGAGCCCCACUGCCCUUCUCAUUUGGAAACUAAAACUUCACCUUCCCCAAGUGCGGGGAGUACAAGGCAUGGCAUAGAGGGCGCUGCCCCAUGAAGCCACAGCCCAGGCCUCCAGCCCAGCAGUGACUGUGGCCAUGGUGCCCAAGACCUCUGUAUUUGCUCUUUUAUUUUUAUGUCUAAAAUCCUGCUUAAAACUUUUCAAUAAACAAGAUCGUCAGGACCAGGGCAUGUUCGUGCAUCGUUACAGUCAGCCCACCUGGGCUCCAGGGGCACUUCCUGGUUCUCCCUGCCUGGCCCUGGGUCUGUGCC